AUGCGCCUUGGCCACCGGCACACCCCUGGGAGGGGCAGGGCUCUCCAUGGGACCUGGCCCUGCUCUGUGGGCAGGGGCUUCUGGAGGCCCCGCGCUGCUGUCCACGUCUGCCAGCAGCACCUGGAGAGCCGGCGGGGCGGCAGGGUGGCUAUGCUGGUCAACAAGGUGCACCUGGUGGACCAGCACGCCAAGAAGGAGUUCCACGUGCUGCAGAAGGACUUCAGGGUGACGGCCAUCAGCGGGGACAGCAGCCACAAAUCCUUCUUUGCCUGUGUGGUGAAGCAGAGCGACGUUGUCAUCUGCACAGCCCAGAUCCUGCAGAACGCGCUGGUCAGCAGGGAGGAGGACACGCAUGUGGAGCUGACAGAUUUCUCACUGCUGGUGAUAGACGAGUGCCACCACACGCACAAGGAAGCCGUCUACAACAAAAUCAUGCUGAAUUACCUCCAGCACAAGCUCAGCGGGCAGCAGGACCUGCCACAGGUCCUGGGCCUGACAGCAUCCCCUGGCACCGGAGGGGCAACCUCCUUCGAGGGGGCUGUAGAGCACAUCCUGCAGAUCUGUGCCAAUCUGGACGCUGAGAAAAUCACGUCAGUGCAGGAGGAGCUGCAGCAUCUUCAGAGCCACGUCCCCCAGCCCAGGAAGCAGUACGACCUCUGCCAGGAGAGAGCACAGGACCCCUUUGGCAAGCAGCUGAAGAAGGUGAUGGAGCAGAUCCAGCAGUACAUGGAGAUGCCCGGCCUGCCGCAGGACUUUGGCACGCAGAUUUAUGAGCAGCGCAUCGUGGAGCUGGAGAAGAGAGCGGCAGAGACAUUUUGUCGCAAGAUGCGGGUGUGCAUGCUGCACCUGCGCAAGUACAACGACGCUUUGCUGAUCAACGACACGGUGCGGAUGAUUGACGCCUUCCAGUGCCUCCAGCAGUUCUAUGCCACCGAGCGGGACAUGAAGGAUCCCACUGAACGGUUCCUCACCACCAUGUUUGAGGAGAACAGGACGAGCCUGCAGGAGCUUGCCAGGGACCGGCGCUACGAGAACCCCAGGCUGGGCAAGCUGGAGGAGAUCCUGCGGGAGCACUUCCAGCCCCCGGACGCUUCUCGUGGCAUCAUCUUCACCAAGACCCGGCAGAGCGCCCACAGCCUGCUCAGCUGGCUGCAGGACACGGCUGCACUCAGUGGGCAGCACAUCAGGGCUGCCGUCCUCACCGGCACUGGCUACAGCAACCAGACCAGGCACAUGACGCAGAAUGAGCAGCAGGACGUGAUCAAGCUGUUCCGUGAGGGAGCCCUCAACCUGCUCUUCUCCACCAGCGUGGCUGAGGAGGGCCUGGAUAUCCCCGAGUGCAACAUCGUGGUCCGCUACGGGCUGAUGACCAACGAGAUCGCCAUGAUGCAGGCCCGGGGCCGUGCCCGUGCCAAGAACAGCGUCUACUCCGUCCUCGCUAAAGCCAGCAGCAGAGAGGUCUCCCGUGAGCUGCUCAACGAGGACCUCGUGGAGCUCAUGGAGAGGGCGAUCAGAGCGGUGCAAGCCAUGCCCGAGCAGGAGUACCGCCUCAAGAUCAGGGAGCUGCAGCGAGUUGCCGUUGCCAGCUGCCUAAUGAAGGAGGCCAGGAUCAGCGAGAGGCGGCAGCUGCACGACCCAGAUGCUGUUUACCUCUACUGCUUCAACUGCAACACGGCAGUGUGCCGCGGCAGCGACAUCCGCACUGUGGAGAGCAUGCACCACGUUAACAUCAACCCCAACUUUGGGUUGUAUUACAGAGUUUCCUCUGGGAAAAUACAGUUCCAGCGGACUUUCAAGGACUGGGAGCCCGGCUGCCGCAUCAUGUGCAGUGAGUGCAGCCAGGACUGGGGAAUGGAGAUGAUCUAUCGGCAGGUGAAGCUGCCCAUCCUCUGCAUCAAGAACUUUGUGGUGGAGACGCCGGCUGAGAGGAGGAGGUACAAGAAGUGGAGCAAUGUGACAUUCCUCGUCAAGGAGUUUGACUACCUGGAGUACUGCUCCAGCACCCACGGCCAGUCCUUCUAGUGCGGGCUCUGCUCAGAAGGGAACUAUUCCCAGGCCACCUCCUGGGACAGUGGGACCCUUCCCAUCGCCCUUGGCAUGGGACCCUCCCUCCAGGCCUGUGCAGACAGAGAGCCAUGGCUCGCUUGUCUUUUCUUUGCUGGACUGAGCUGCAGCAGCACAUCCCUUGCUAGAGCCAGUGACUGCAGGAGGAGGCUUUGCUGCGCCCACGCAGAAAGGAUGACACACUGGGAUGGGAAAGCACCCGAACCCUUCCC